UGGAUCAAUUGGUAGUUUGCGCAUCAAUCGUACAUGAUAGAUAGAUUAGAUCUUGUGUCCACAGUUUGAAAAGCGUAGUACGUACUACAUGUGACCAAAGCCAUCGCUCACACUUACAGAUGAAGUGUGGGCUGUGAGGAGUCUUGCGAUUGAACAGACGCACCGACUUCGUGCUACGAUAAGGAACAGCACAGAAAACAAAGCACGUUUCGAACACGUACACGGAAACUAUAUAUAACGACUGAGACAGAAAAAAAUUGAUCCACUUCUUUAUCGCGAAAAGGAGAACAAAAUCACACAGCCUGCCUUCAGCCCGCAGCUCGAAAAUGCUUUAAAUUUCCAUCCGCAUCGAUUUUCACGCCUUUUGCUCUUGUGCUUUCACGACGAGAAUCGAAAUCAGACUCAGCUUCCACCUUCGUUCGCCUUUGAGCCAGAUUCGUUCCUUCCGUAGAGUCCCGAAAUCGAACCUGAGUCGCUCCUAAUUUUCUACUUUUUUGUUUUGAAAUCCAAAUCUAGAGAUUGCUUUUGAUUCGCAGGUCCAACCUUACCUCUCUCCUCAAAAGCAGGUAAUCCCUCAAAGCCCAACAUUUGUCCUUGAAUUUUUUCCCACCUCCAUCAAACCUUUACCAACCUACCAACGUAGCAGUAAAGUUACAAACAUCAAAAACCUGUCUCUCGUCCCUCUAGGUUUAGGUAUUGGAUUAUCUGUGUUUGCCUCUCUUAUCUACUCCCACGAGCAAUUGUGCGUAUUCUUUAUCUCGUCUCGAAAGAGCAGCCAUUGUUCAUCGUUGACUCACGUCUUUUUAGAUCCAAUCACAACGCCUGCCUGCUGUCCUCCCGAUAAUUGUUGUGCCUGCUCAGUCCGCCGCUGGCUUUCGCUGAAAAAACUACGCUCCUUAUCCACCGUUUCAAGUACAUUCAUCUACUUCAUCCCGCCCGCACUUUUCCACCUCCGCAGCUGCCCUCUAUGACGAGCUUGCAAACCAUUGAGGCCUUCUUUCCGCAGCAGGCAUUCGGCUGCAUCAUCGGCCCCCGCGGGGAACGCAUCAAUGCGAUCAAGGAUAACAAUGAUGUGCGCAUCACCAACGAUGCGAAGGACCAACUCAAGGACGGGGGGUUUCGCCGCAUCACCAUUGCCGGCGAGUGGGUGCACAUGUGGUGCGCGUUUUGCGACCUCAUCAAGUCGGUGCAGCAGGACGACAAGUUCCAGGUCGACCACCCGGACCUCUUCGAGAAGUUCGCGGUACAGAUGCGAAUUCCGGUUGGGUGCGCGGGCGCCUUGAUCGGGCGUGGGGGCGCGAACCUGAACGGGUGGCGUGAAAAGUGGCCAGACUGCAAGUUUGAGCUGAAGCACGAGGAUACCGACAAUGUUUACCGGUAUUUUCAUUUUUGCUCGAAGUUGUAACGGCGCAGCCACUUUUUUCUUGUUUGCAAGGAACUCGUCGUCCAACUCCGCGAAUCAAUGUGAUGGCGGAAAAUUCAUUUACAGGUCGUCGUGACUACUGUGAGUCUGCAUCUGUGAAUGAAAUAGAUUUAGAUCUUGAGUUUAAGUAAAUUGCGAAGAACUUGAUUUCGUGAUCAUUUUGUUUCUCCGGCAUUUCUCAGCAAGAGCAAGCCAUGAUAACGCAUCAACAGGUACUUUCACUUGAUUGGACCAUCCCCGGACCUGUGCGAGGCCGCGGUUUCUAUCGCGGACGUUUUAGAGGCGGCCUUGAUGAACGCGCAACCAGGGGGCGGCAACAAGAAGAACGCGAACGGGCCGGGAAACAACAACAGUACUCAGCAGAACAAGCGCGGGCGGCAGCGCGAGCAGGCCUCGAGCAAGGAGGCGGAUCCGCCGCAGUACUCCGCUUUCACUUCCGGCAACGAACCUGCGAACCCCUUCGCCCCCUCGAUGAGCGACAACCAAGACAAGCGCAGGCGGGUCGACGGGCCCACCAGCAACGGGGCGGCCGGCGGUGGUGUGUCUACGGUGGCGGAGAUGGAGUGCGUCUGCACGAUCCACGUGGGCGAAAACACGAUUGGCCGGAUCAUCGGCGAGAAGGGAACCUCGAUCAAACAAAUUCGCGCGUCCUCGCAGUGCGCCAUCACCACGGACAAGAAAGGAGAUCGCGACGACGGCAUGCGCGAGGUGCAAGUCCGCGGCUUCGUACCCCACGUAAGUUUCUCUCUACGUAUUUAUAACUUGUUGAUGUAGACGAGCUGGAAGGCGAGAUAGGACCACCAAUGGAUUUGCAAGCAUAAGCAUUUCAUCGAAUCAACUUUUCGCACAAGAAGUAGAAAGAAAAAUAAUCACACCUCAGGUAUCGACGGCAUUGAUGAUGAUCAAUACCUUGCUUUCUGUUCCAAGUGACAAAUAGCGGGGCCGCUCCUGACGAGAUUGUGGAUGAAGUAGAGGACGCUCAGGUGGAUGAUCAUACAACGGAUUUCGGAAAUUAUCCCUGCGGAUAUCCUCAGUAGAUGGAGAUGUCCGAUUUUUCGGGUCUAGAUGUAUUGUUUUGUACACUUGAUUUUUGAAGAUGUCUUUCCGAACAAGAUUCAAGAUCAUGAACACCUCGUAAGCAGAAGAUAGGCCACUACACAUCUAGAUCUCGAUCUUCCUCCUGAGGAGGAAACGAAACCGACGAAAGCAGGCAACUAGUAGCGUUCCAACACAGGACGGAGUAUGGCUUUUGUUGCUCGUUCUAGAUCCACGACAACAAGGAGCUUUAAUCUAGACCCACGAAACCAAGGAGGGUAAACACUGCCUGUGUUGAUCGUAGUAUUAACGGAGCAGCGCUGCGGUCUCAUGUCCUCCCGAACGAUGUGUUGCUCUCGUGUCGAGUUGAAGCAAAAUAUAUUGAAGAUCCCUAGGUAGUAGAAUGUUGGCAGGGUCGAGACAAAAGAAUGCGAAGCUGCGAGAAGAU